AUGACGUCACUAAAGAAGUCACAAUGUACGAUUAGCAAAAGGCAUGGUUUUCAUUUCUGACAGUGACUGACAGAGGGGUGCAAUGAAUCGGUGCCAGUGUUUUGUGGUAAUGUAAUACGUGAAUUACUAUAUGUUGUUUUUCCAAUGAUAAACUAUUAACAUUUUGUUACCCUGAUCUUAGAAAUGAUAUUUAGGCUUCCGGCAAGAAACGUUUUGUGUUUCAUAACUGAACUGAGUCCUAUGUUAAAACCACUCCACAACAAUACAGUGUAUUAACUGGUUUCUAAAUCUUUGAACAGCAUUGUCUAUGCUACUGAUUCUGAAAAAAAGUAUUAGAAAACAAUACACCCGAGCAAAUAAGAGAUUUUAUGAGAGGAACUCCUUCAAGUAUACAAUUGCAUCCAGUUUCCAAAGUUCAGGAAUAUCACACAAUACAUACUCUUCCUUAGAUUUAAUUUACACAUGCAAUCUUAAAAUUUGAACCUAGCUGAAAAUUGUCCUAUUUGGCUAUCCAUUACUGGUACCAUUAAUAAGAUCACAGCCAAAUAAGUCAGCAGUAAUUCCACUAAAUGAUGCAGUAAAGGUUUAGUCAACAUUUUUAAGCAUGGGAACACUCCUUAUUUCAUGCACUUUAAACAAUAUAUAUCCAUUGUUGGUGCAUUCAAGGGCCAGUUGUUUUGCUGUUCAUAAAAAUGUCUCAUCAUUUUUUAAAGUCUGGGUGCCACUUAAAGUGCACAGGUUUUCAACACGAGUUGGGAACAGUCAUGAAGGAGAUGAUAAGAGACCAAACACAAAGCAAAAAGAGCAGUCGGGCAAAGUACCGCAUGCUUUACCCAAAUCAGUAUUUGCAGCUGGAACUGCAAGGAAAAAAGCAGAGUUUUUGAAGCAGAAAUGGGGGAACGACUUUGACAAAGAGCUAAAAGGACCCAGAAAGCCUAAAGAAAACAACAUCCCAAGCCAACCACUCUCAGCAGCCCAAUGGAAGAAACUGAAGGAUGAUGCCAGGGCCAGCCAUCAUUUUGAAGUGAGCAUGAUGGAGAAGAUGUUAGCUGCCAAUAGUGACAUUGAUGUGGCCAAGUCCCUUCUGGCCUACGUUGCUAUGGAGACAGGGACAGUUAGCUACGAACUGCUCCUUAGGUACUUGACACUUUGUGUUCAUGGCAACCAUGAAUCAGAGGUCUUUGAUGUGUAUGAUAUAAUGAAAAAACGGUUCAAGACCUUGGAAACCGGGGCUUACAGCCUCUUCAUUAAAGGGUUCAGCAGGACAGAGAAGUGGCGAGAAUGUCUAUUGCUCUUAGAAAGCAUCAAGAGGGUCAUCACCCCCUCCCCUCGCAACUAUGGACAUGCAAUCAACGGUGCUCUCUUACACAGUGACAGCAGGACUGCUUGGGUUUUGUAUGAAGAAAUGGUGGAGAAGGGACUGACUCCCAAUCAGGAAACCUGGCAGGCAUUCUUCGACAGUGACCGUUCAGCCCAUGACAGUGAAAGCAAGUUGUCGUCACUUCUGUUGUAUAUGAGGAACAAUCAGAUAUAUCCUGGAGAGGCACUGGUGAAAAGCAUCAAGGCGUGGUUUGAAAGUGUUCCAGGUAACAAAUGGAAUGGAAGUUGGACAACCCCUGAAAACAGUGGCCACUGUAGGAACUGCUGCUCAAGCCUGGAGUCCAUCCAGCUGACUGAGGAUGAGUAUAACCAGUUGAAGGAGAAGGUGAUGAAUGAUGUCAUACAGGGCAAAGACGUGUUUAAGAAGACAACUCCUCAGGAAUUGGAGAGCUUCAAGAGUUUUGUGAAGAAGAGACCCCCUUUUGAUGUUGUAAUUGAUGGACUGAACGUUGCCAACACCACCAGUAAAGGAAACCAGUCAGAAACACUGCUGGAGGUAGUGUCUCACCUGGCCCAGCAGAACCUGAGACUGCUCGUUCUGGGUCGCAAGCACAUGCUGAGGGGAUCUCGCAGUUGGGACAGGAAAAACAUGUCUGUUAUUCAGCAAAAGGCAGACUGUUUCUUCACCGACAACAUUUCAGAAGAUGAUCCAUUCCUGCUGUAUGCCACCCUACACUCAGGAAACCACUGCAAGUUCCUGAGUAGAGACCUCAUGAGAGACCACAAGGCCUGUCUGCCCGACAGCAGCACCCGACGCCUCUUCUUUAAGUGGCAGCGCGGACAUCAGCUAGUUCUGUCCAGCUACACCGCUGGAAGGAGGAUUCGCUUUGAGACUGUGCCUAAGUAUGACACUAUAAUCCAGACAGAAGAGAACUCCUGGCACAUUCCUUAUGAUGAAGACGGAGUGGAGAGAUACUCUUAUGAAGUGCCAAGAAAAUGGUUGUGUCUUGAAAUGAAAAGAUGAGGAAAGCUACCAAAAUGUGUAUUUCCCUGUGUAUUUUUAUUGAAAGAGCAAAACAUAUAUUUCAGUACUAUAGGAGUGUAUUCUGAAAAAUGGUGUGUAUAUUGAUAAUAGGGUUACAUAUUUUGUGAUAGAUAAAACAAACAAAAAAAUGCCCUGCUAGGAACAAAUUCUGUAAACAAAUAUUCUAAAAACGUGCUUGGACUGUAGUUCUGUGUAUGAAACUUCAUUAUCUCAGUAUUCACACCCAGAAAAUAAAGUUAGAUAAAAGAAACAACCUAAUGAGCUGUUUUUAUGAACUAAAUUCAUAAUCCACCAUUGAACAUCAGUUGAUAUGGUCUGCAUUUUAGGGUUUGUAUAAAAGCAGUUGAUGUAAAGAGAAAGAAGUUCAACUACAGAUCUGUAUUUGUGAAUAAAAAAACCAAAAUUUCCCCUAAAAUACCUGCAGCUGCAUGGGUUAAGGGAAGACAGGCUUCAGUAGUCACAGUUUGCUUGGGAUGAGCCCAGUGUUCCUUUUCAAUUCUUCCUUCACCAAAAAGCACAGUCACACGCCUAUUAAAACUCCAAAUGUAGCUCACCUGCCACUUUUCAAAAAGGUAAAUGAGAAAAAACAAACAGUUAACUAUAGCAGUCUAUGCUCAGCAGGAAUUAACAAGUGGUAGUUAAAUUGUCAGUUACCUUCCUGGCAAUGAGUUUAACUCAGUGGGUGUGGUAUUGACUAUAUUUAGGUGGUACAGAUAGAUUUUGUAUAUGUCUCAAAGAGUGAAUAAAUGUAAGCUUCCUAUAGUUUAGACAGAGCAGAACAAACCCCCUACCUACUAUAAAUGGUUUAGUCCAAGAGUACCUAAUUACAUUCUCUCGUUCAAUAUCAUUUAUGUGAACCAGGGUGUCCUAAUGUAUUAUGAUGUUAUAAAUAUGUUAAAUAAACCAGUCUACUUCAAAA